AUGCUUGGAGUUAAUGCUUCUGGUAGGACGACAAUGCUUUAUAAACUUAAAACUGGACAAACUCUAAAAGUUAACCCAACCGUUGGUUUUAAUGUUGAGGAAAUUAUGUUUAAAGACAAAGUAUUUAACUUUAUGGAUGUUGGAGGUGGAUAUAAAAUAUAUGAUAAUUUUCAUAAAUAUGCGAUUGGCAGUGAUGCUAUAAUUAUAGUUGUUGAUUCCUCUUAUCUUAGCUAUGAAUUUUACGAAAAUCUACUUUAAAAUACGCUUAAAAGUUGCUUGUAAGAAUUGGUUGAAUUCAAAAAGAAUAAAAAGAUACCAAUUCUAAUUUUAGCAAAUAAGACAGACAAAUCUCAUUACACAGACGAAGAAAUAAUUUAAUAUACUAGUAUCGAUAAAUAUUAAGACAUCACAUUCUUUAAGCUGAUUCGUACAAAUUGCUUUACAGGGUAAGGUCUACCAGAAGCUUUAUAGUGGAUUUAUGAAAAUGUAUAAAAAUGA